AUGAGUUUUCUCACAGAGUGGAUGCCUUUUGCCUCAAAUGUAGGUGAAGAAAGUUACAAUCCAGAAAAUUAUAUUAAGGAAGAGAGAAGGGAAGAUUCUGAAGAGAGUUAUUUAGAAAUAAAAGAAGAAAGCUUUGAUUGCAAGAGUGAGGGGACGGAUGUAGACAUAAAACAUGAGUGUUCAUUUUAUGAGAAUCCUGAAGGGGAAGGAAAUGAAAUUGGGGCAUAUAAUCUAAUGUAUGCAAAUAACUAUUCUUUAUCAGCACUGCCCUUUUUGGCUGAAACAGAUGGAGUUCAAUCAACACAUGAGGAUUAUGAUAAUGAAGUAAUGCAUGAAAUACUGGAUAUGAAUGGGAAACAUUGUGUAUGUGAAGUGUGCAGUAGAAAAUUUGCCUGCAAGAAUCAUCUGUUAAAUCACAAUAAAAUGCAUAUCAAUGUGAAUCCUUGUAUCUGUGAUUUAUGCAGUAAUGCUGUCUUGAGUAAUAAUGAUCUAGCUCUACACAUGAGAAUAUCUGCAAAGGAGAAAUUUCAUGGAAAGAGCCAUGAUAAGAGACUUUAUACUUGUGAUCUUUGUAGUAAAGGCAAGCAAUCUAAAGAAUCACAUGAGAGUGCAUACAAAGGAGAAGCCCUAUAA